GGUUACAUUUCAGCCCUCUGUCUCUCUCUCGCUCUCUCGCUCUCUCAAAUGAAAUUGAAACAGGACAACGCUGGCGAACCAACCAACUUUCCGGCAUCCAAAUUUAAUCUCCUCUUUUGACGGGUUUCUUCAACCUCCUUGUUCGAUCAUCACUCAGCCACCAAUCUCCAAACCCUAUUGAAUUGAGCAAAUUAAAAUUGGGAAUUGAAUAAAAAAUCUCCCCCUCUUCCAACCCAUUUCCCCCAAAAACCAAUCUGGCUUUCCGUCAAUCGGUCCAUCAGAUUUCUUGGGUUUUAGGGGUCAUGAAAUGGGUUGCGUUACCUCCAAAGAGUCGAGGUCUUCGUGGCAUGGCUUCGAUUCCACUAUCACCUUGCCCAAUGAACGGCUCGGGUUUGGGGAUCUGGAUAAAAUAAAGCAGGAGCUUGAGCAGGAAUCGGUGGAUGGGUUAAACAAAUCCAAGUCAGUGAAGAAAGGGAAUUGCAGGAGAAGACCUCUUUUCGGCUCGAGAUUUGGGAGGUUUAAAGAAUUAGAACAGAUCGCUGCCGGCUGGCCGCCUUGGCUCAGCUCUGUCGCCGGCGAUGCCGUUGAUGGAUGGUUACCCCUGAGGGCUGACUCAUUUGAGAAAUUGGACAAGAUUGGAAAGGGGACAUACAGCACUGUAUACCGUGCACGCGAUGUUGAAACAGGUAGGAUAGUUGCUCUGAAGAAAGUCCAAUUUGACACUUUUCAAGUGGAGAGUGUGAGGUUUAUGGCACGAGAAAUUAUAAUUCUCCGCAGGCUUGAUCAUCCAAAUAUCAUGAAAUUGGAGGGGGUAAUUGCUAGUGGCUCGUCAAGCAGCAUAUACCUUGUGUUUGAAUAUAUGGAGCAUGAUCUUUCUAGACUAUUAUCAUCUUCUGGCAUCAAGUUCAGCGAUGCACAGAUUAGGUGUUAUAUGCGACAGUUAUUAGCUGGACUUGACCACUGUCACUCACUGGGAGUAAUGCAUCGAGACAUCAAAGUAUCCAAUAUUUUGGUUAAUAAUGAAGGAAUUUUGAAGAUUGCAGAUUUUGGUUUGGCAAAUUUUAUUAAUGCAAGGCACCAACAAGCAUUAACUAGUCAUGUAGUGACUUUAUGGUAUCGGCCGCCUGAACUUCUAUUGGGCUCAACAAAUUAUGGGGCAUCUGUGGACCUGUGGAGUGUGGGCUGUGUAUUUGCUGAACUUUACACCCACAAACCUAUUCUUAAGGGAAGAACCGAGGUUGAACAGUUACAUAAAAUCUUCAAGCUUUGUGGUUCUCCACCUGAUGAGUACUGGAAAACAUCUAUACUUCCUCUUGCAACUCUGCUUGAAACCCCACCUACUUAUGUAAACUGUCUUCGAGAGACAUAUAGAGAACUCCCAAAAGGUGCUCUGGACCUUCUAGAAACUUUUCUUUCCAUAGAACCUCACAAGCGUGGGACUGCUUCAUCUGCCCUUGAUUCCGAGUAUUUUGCCACAAAGCCUAAUGAUCCAUCAAGGUUGUCCCCCUGGAACAAAGAGGUUGAUGCAAAAAUGCAUGAAGAAGCACAGAGAAGAAAGUCUAGCACCAGACUACGAGCACCUGGAACUUCAAGAAAUGCAAGAAGAGCCUGUAAAGCUUUCCAGGAAACAAACUCCAUCUCUAAAGUGGUACCAAUGCAGGCGAUGGAAGCCAUUACUCAAUUUACUAGUAGAAACAAUAGUGAUGAUGUUCUUAAUGCAAAAGGAGCUACUGAGUCUUAGGUGUUGCUGAACUCAUCAUCUGAUACUGUGUCUGAGGCUUCCAAGGCAACUCAACAAAGGUAUCUCAAAUAAAUAGUAUUCACUCUGUCCCAGUCACUGCAUCAAGCAGUUCUGCAUGGUCAAAAAGAUGGAAAGAGAAUGCUGUCUCAACUAUAGAUCACAAAGCCAAGCCUGUUCCAGAAGUAAAAUUUUGAGUGAUUUAUGCCUUCCAGAAUCCUGCGUCCAAGGGAUGCAUAGGAGACCAAGGGGCAAGAGAGUGGGGUUCACUCAAGAAAGUUCCACAUUGAUUCUAGAAGCAACUAGUGCACAAGUUUACAGAUCAUGCCGCUGAGGCAACAGGGCCAAACUUAUCAUCCAGAUUGUUCUAAGACAUCUGACUUGAACCGCACCUGAGAGUUCACAAGGGUAAGUUUAUCAACUGGCUGGGUGCAACCCCAGUUGACAAUCAUGGGGAAACUCUGUAAAUUAGUCUCCAAAAGCUCAACAACACAGAAAUUCUCAGAAAUAUUAUACCAGUGAAUUCUCAUAUAGUCGAAGAAACUGGUAUUUGUUCUGGUUAAAUUUUCAACAACAAUACACCAGGCCUUAUUCCCAUAGGUAGGUUAGGUAGGUUGGUUAGGAUCCUAGCUCGCCAAUCAUUUUCUAUGACAUUCUAGUUGAACUUAAGCUGAUAAAAUUGCAUUCCUGGGGGAAUUGUGUGGGUCUAUUCUUCAACAUAAACCCAAUUGCUGCAGGAACUCUAAUCGAGUUGAUAUUAUUAGAGAAAUAAUCGUUCUUGGCUGUAGUUGGAAACUGUUACGGUUCUUGAAAUUACUCCUAGAUUUUCUAUUUUAAAUUCAGAAACUGCUUUAGUUUAGGAGUAUUUCCUUUUUUUUUUCCCUAGGUUGAUACUUUCCUUGUAAUUAGAAUUCUGUCCAUAUUUAGAAUAGGCUUUCUUCUAUAUAAUGUACAGCUCUCUUGUCAAUGAAUGAGAAAGAAAUUUUACCAAGAAAUUCUUCAGAAACUAAGUGACUAAUAAUUGGGUUUCACUUUUUCAUUCUGCUUUUAAUUUUCAAUAAUUUAUUGCAACAAUUUUUCUUUCCUCACUAACUAUUAAUUGUUUUGCAUGCUGUUAGUCUGAGAGUAUCAGGAUUAUCACUAUCAAAAGGAAAGAGUACAAUUCUCUGGAGAAUUGUCAGCCCAACCAUUUAGACUCAAUGAAGGGGGGCAAGAAAACCAUAUCCAGCAAGCUGUUAGUAGAUCAUGGUUUCACAG